AUGAACGUUCAGCAACAUGAAGAUCUGCUUAGGGAGAUACCAGCGUCAAGAUCUGCGAAGGGAGGCAAACGAUGGUUCAGCGUCUUCAGGGAGGCAAACGAUGGUUUAGCGUCUUCAGGGAGCAGAGUGACUGUUCAGCGAAUUCAGGGAGGUGAAGGAUGGUUCAUCGUCUUCAUAUUUGGUUGA